AUGUUCAUGCGACUACCUGGAGAGCUGCGCAACGACAUUUACGACUUUCUCGCACCACCGAGCACGAUCAUUCAACCCCUAGAUAGCAAUUGGCAUCUUCGCUGCGAAGCCAUCGACGGAACACUAACAGUCACAGGAUCUAUCAGUGGCAAUCAGCUCACCCGUGGAGGCUACCUCAAACCAACAAGAUAUAGCACCGAAGAUUGGGGCAAAACGGUGCAAAUGACACAAAUGUGUCGUGGCCUACGUCGAGAAGCAGUUCGACACUUUUACAGCAAUACCAUCUUCGCCUUUCACCGCCGUCAAAAUUAUCACGACCACCACUGGAUCGAAAUGAAGCGGCUGAAGCCCAGAUACCUUGAGCACUGGCUACAAUCACGACCACGAGAAGCGCUAUCUUGCCUCAAGCUGGCCUUCAUUUCUUAUACUUAUCUGCCAGGAACACGUUACGGACAAGACCCCACCGAGGCCAUGAAAGACGCUGCCUGGAUUCUACAUCGCAAAGGCCGAUGCACCAUGUCCGGCGAGUAUCUGGUCAUGCUGGAUUUCGCCAAGACCCGACAUCUGAGGCUCGUGAAAGCUUUUCGAGAGCAUGACUGGCGAGUGGUACUGCAUGACUGUCCAGUCUGUCUGCAGCAUGUCUCGGAAAGGUGGAAACUAUGUGAGAACAGUGACCAGUGGCGAGCGGCGAGAGAUCGCUGGCAUGACCAAUUGGAUGCGGGAAAACUGUCGUGGAAGGACGCCCUUUAUAUGAUAGAUGUGAUUCGAGACUGGAAAGCUUGA